CAGGGAGGACAGGCGGCUGUUGCGAGCUGUAGUUUUCUGGCGCCGUGUGAUCUCCAGAAGUAAGCAGAGAGAGGGAGAGAGGAACUACAAUACCCAGGGAGGCACUGCAGCACCCGCAGUUCCGGGUACCUGAUGUCAUUUUUGCCCAGUUGGAAUUUGCGGUCGGAGAGAAACAUCAACAGCCGGAGAGCAGAACAGAGCGGAUCGGACAGCAAGGACCCAGGAUGUCUCUUAGUGAUGAGCUUGAUAAUGAGCUGCUACAGUUGCUGUUUCAGCAGCAGUCUGGAUCACUUCCAGAUGAGGAGUUUGGUGAAGGCACCAAUUUCAUGAAGGAGUGGGGACUGUGUGAACAUGAUAUGUUGAAUGAACACGACACUGAGGAUUUCAUCAACUCCAUCAUUGGUUCUUUUGAAGAUGAGGCCCCUAACGCAAUGUCCUGGUCUCCAUUGGGUAGUGACAGUGGAAUAUCAGAAGACAACAACAACUGCAACCACGAAGAUGGUCCAUCAGGCAGCGAUGUUGCAUUGUCUGAUAGCCCAUCAUUUUUUGAAGUCAUACAUUCCGAUCAUAACUAUUCACUUCAUCAGGACUCACAGAAUGAAGCCAAUUGUUUGUACAGUGUAAGAACUGAGAACCCUUCAACAGAAGCAGACAUCUCGAUUGAUUUAGAAGACUGGGAACCUGAUUUUUUGACUGAAAACCCACAAGUUAUUCCUGCGGAAGAAAGCACUGGCCUUGUGACCCUCACCAUUGAAGAUCUGCAGCAAAAGCGUAAAGCAAAUCAACUUUGCUUUGAUGAACUGGUCUUGACUGAUGAAGAAAGAAGACUUUUAGCCAAAGAUGGUGUGGAGUUACCUACAAACCUACCCCUCACAAAGUCAGAGGAACGAGCUUUGAAAAGAAUCAGAAGAAAGAUUAGAAACAAACAGUCAGCUCAGGAGAGUCGCAAAAAGAAGAAGAAUUACAUUGAUGGGCUGGAGAGUAGAGUUGUAGCAUGCACCGUCCAAAACCAGGAACUGCAGAGGAAGGUGCAGCGCCUUGAAAACCAAAACAUGUCUCUAAUUGAACAGUUGAGGAAGCUGCAAGCGUUGGUCAAGCAAACCACCACCAAAAAUGCUAACAUCAGUACUUGCAUAAUGGUCUUCCUGUUGUCUUUUACACUUAUCAUUUUCCCAAGUAUCAACCCUUUUGGUGCAAAGCUGGGGGCCCAGGAUGAGUCAUAUAGUGUACUUUCCCGGACUUUACUUGACAGCGAUUCAUCCCAUGUACGCGUUGUGCCAAACGCCCAGAAUCUGGAUGCUGAUCCAGAGGUAGUGGAAAAGGAUCAUGGAUUGGAUGGAGAAACUCCUCGAGAAUUACUGUCAGUAAGCCUGAAUAGCACACCUGAAGCUUCAGACUUGGGAAAGGCAGAAUCUGGGUCAACACUAAAUACCAAUUCCUCUUCAGACAUGGAUCGAAUAGUAAAAUCUACUGUCCAAGAUGAUACAAGUGUGGGAAGAACAGCUUCAGGAAGUGAAAAGGUGGGCUAUGGGAUCUCGGCUUCACCAGUGAACAAGCCAAACUGGACAGAGCACACAGCAACAGUAAUAAUAAAAGCACAUCCACGGUCGGACGAAAUGUAACUGGUGUGUGGGGCGUUUCCUGACAGUGAAUGAUGAAUUGUACGUCAUUUGUUUUUUGAAAUUGAGCAGAAAAGUGAGCAUAUGUUUUUCAUAUACACAGAUACAGUAUAGGGUUGUUUUUUUUGAAUUAUCUAGUCAGUGAAAUGAACUCUGCAUCAUUUGUGGCAGUGGGCUGGCAUAAAGAAUCUUAUUUUUUAAAUUGUUACAAAUUGUAUAGCCUCAUUUUUGUGAACAAGUGACAGUUACCAAAAUCAAGUAUUUUAAGCCAAUGCAAAUAAUUCAACCCUGCAAUCAGUUUAUAAGUUUGGCCAAUCUGUUUAGAAACAUUACUCCAUAUUUUGCACAUACUGCUCCCUUUAACUUCCCCCCUCAAGUUCCUCUUAAAAGUAACCUCCCCAGCCCUGGUGGUGUUGAUUCAUCUUGUUGCACUACUCUAUUUGAAGUGUAGCAUGUGUUAAGGAGUUUCUUCAGCAUUAGAUUGUGCAGCUGGAACUGCAUUUGGUUGAAAGGAUCAAAUGUCUUUUCUGUGCAUCUCUCAACCAACCCUCUUUGCCUUUGUUACUUAUCUCUUUGCUUAUUUGUGAUGUUUGCUACAGUUAUAAACACAGGGCUUUGUGAAGCACGUCCCUAUAACACAUUUUUCUUCUCCUUUUAUCUUACAUGAUUUUCCUUCUGCCAUGUUUUCAUUUCCUGUUCUUCAUCUGGCUAGUGUGAUGGCUGGAGCUGGAGAAGGCAAGCCUGCUGUCUGCUCCUGAUUUUAUUUUUAUCUAAGCCUCUUCGAAUUAGGAAUACAGAGUGCCAGAGAUUACCAAGGCAUAACUCCUCUCUGUUUUUCUCUUUUGCCUGCUGGGACGAUCAACAGUCUCAUCUUAUGUUUGAGGUGGCUCAAAUUGAUCACUGAGCUAGGCAGAACUCAGACGUAAUUUCCUACCUCUCCGUGGCACUAUUUGCUUACCAGUGCCACCUUUUUCUUGUUAAACUGGUUGUCUUGUAAAACAGUUCAACAUGUAACUUGAUAGCUGCUCACCAGGUUAGUUAACAAUUGGGAAAUGUGACAGUUGGGCAGCUGUCUACAAGAAAGAAGAGCGGACCAUUCAGCCCCUCAAGCCUGUUGUGACAUUCAGUUACAUCUUGGUUGGCCCGUGUUUUAAAUGCAUUUACCCACCUUGGUUUCAUAUUCCUUAGCACCUUGGCUUAACAAAAAUCUAUCAAUUUCAAUUUUGAAAUUCCUAAUUCAUCUGCCCUCAACAGCUUUUUGGGUGUAAGUGUUCCAGAUUUCUGCUACCCAUUGUAUGAAGGAUGUUCCAAACCUGAUGACUCAUGGCUCAACUGUUGAGUUAGAGGAUUGAUGGGUCACUAGUAAUUUUAAAACAUUUUGAAGUAGACUUUAUUAGACAACAAUCCAUGCUGGCCUUCAAAUCACAAUUUCUUAGUUUGGUUGCCCUUCAGCUUUUUAGUUGCAGACUACUGAAGACUAUUUGAUAUUCUCAGUGACUGCUGGUAUCAUUGUAACUGUCAAAUAGAUCAGACUACAGCAAGUAAUGUUACCAUUUGGCAAUUAAUGAUGAAUGAAGAAAGACUGUUCCCUCUUGGUUUCACUGAUUUUGCUAUUGCGCCAGUGGUAAAUAUGCAGUACAAUACUUCUGGUUUUGUAGAAAUAUGAAGUUUGGCUCUGGUAGUAAAACUGCCUUCAGAGGUGGUUUUGGAUCACUUGAAAUUCAAGGCAUCUGCAAUGUUAUUGCAGAUAAUUCGCAACAUACUACCAACUUUAUUCUUUUUAGGUUAAGCUACCUACUGUAGCUCAAUAGAUUUCUGAGAUUUCCCAGGCUAAAUCAGUUUCUCUCUGAGGUGCACCACCUUGUGUUGCAACUCCCAUCCCUCUUCCCCCUUUUUCUCCCUCAUGCCCCGCAAAACACGCUGUUCACCAUCAAACUACAGUCCCACAUAGGCCUCACAGCCCCUUAACAAGCCCAACUUCAACCUCUUCUUGAAUUACUGUCCCAUCUCCCUGCUUGGUUUCCAUUAUGAAGUAUACCGGGGGUUGUUUUAUUUUGUUAAAAGCACUAUAUAAAUGUUAGUUGCUGUAGUAGUGUAUGUAGAAGCAUUAUCAGGUGGAUGGUUCUGAAUCGCACUGGACAAACUUUCAAUGGGGGUGCAUUCAGAAUUAGUAGGUAUCAGGGCUUGAUGACUGGUGAUGCCCAUGAUUGUGUCCUGAUCAACCUGUGCCCCUAAAUGAAAAGACAGAAAAGACUUAGUUUGGGAUUUAUCUCAAUUGUAGAAGGGUUAGUAGGUGUAAGCAAAGGGGAAAUAUCUCAAAAUUUGACUCCUUGCUUGCUGGCAGCUAUUUAGCAUGUAAAUAUAUUGUGUAUCUGUAAAUAACAAUUAAACUUUGUGAAAAGUACUGUAUAGAAGUGCAGCGUACAGUUAGUUAAAGGCAUACAAUGAUUUGCGUAAGUUGAAAAUCUAAAUAAAUAAACUGUUACAUUUCAUUGUAUUUACUUACGAUCUGUUGCAGCUGUCUCAGUUGGAAUAUUUGAACGUUUUUUUUUUAGAAACUGUUUAAUGUUUUACACACACAACUGUUCAGUUCAGCUUUUUAUUAAAUAUAGCCAUGUUAUACCACUGUUUCCCAUUCCAUCAUAUUGGAUAGUGUGGAACAUUAAAAUGCUUUAAAAACUGCAUAACAGUAGUUACUAAUUACUUCAAAAUCAUGAAUAAAAAGCAGCACAUACAAAAAUGUUAUUCUCAACUUUUAAACCUAGUUUAUUUGUUCAAAGCUGUACCAUGACCGCAGGGAUUAUUUCUAAAAUGCUGUAAUCAUACUGCACUGAUGUCUUUCCUCUGCAUUAAUUCCUGCCUGAAGCUUUUGCUCAGCCCACUGAAUAUGCUGAAGUUUUUGAUUAUACCUGCAUCUUUGCUCUCAGUUGGUGAGACCUCUGUAUAUAUUAGAAUAUAGUUUAGAAAAUUUACAUUUUAAGUAAAUCUUUUGUGAUAUUGCAUAUUUGCAUUGCUCUAUAAUUUGUACUGUUCACAUACAAUGAACUCUUUCC